AUGGCUGGGAAUGUUCACCUGGAGCAGAGAAGGCUCCAGGGAGAGCCGGACACCGAGAGGGGUCACAGCGAGAAGCAGAAGGCAGAGGGGGGCGCCCCUGGGCGCCGCCAUGGCAACGCGGUGCGCGAUGACGUCGCGGCGGCCGUGCGCGCUGAUUGGCCGGAUUUGAACGCGGCGGGCGCGCGGCCGCGGCUCGGACCCGGCGCGGCCCCGAUCGCGACCCCCGGGGCGCUGUCGCGACAGCGGCGGGGACAGCGCGACAUGAAGGCGGCCUCCCCUCCAUGCCCCGCUCUCUCCCCCCUCACCGCCCCCUCCCUGUCCCGCAGCAGGACCAAGACCCCCCGGCGGCCGAAGAAACCCACGAACCCUGCGCUGAAGGACCCUGUGGGGGUUUACUGCCGGGUGCGGCCGCUGAGCCGCGCGGACCACGAGUGCUGCAUCGAGGUGAUCAACGAGAGCACGGUGCAGAUCCACCCGCCCGAGGGGUACCGCGUGUUCCGCAACGGCGAGUACCGAGAGACACAGUAUUCCUUUAAGGAAGUGUUUGGCACCCUGGUGGUUCAGAAGGAGGUCUUCGAUGUGGUGGCCAAACCUCUGGUGGAGGAUCUGAUCCGGGGCAAAAAUGGUCUCCUCUUCACCUAUGGAGUGACAGGCAGUGGGAAGACCCACACCAUGACGGGAUCUCCUGGGGAUGGAGGGCUCCUCCCACGCUGCCUGGACAUGAUCUUCAACAGCAUCGGGCCCUUCCAGGCCAAGAGAUUCGUGUUUAAGCUGGAUGACAAGAACGGGGUGGAUGUUCAGACUGAGGUUGAUGCCCUGUUAGAGCGGCAGAGAAGAGAUGCCCUGCCUGUCCCAAAAACUCCAUCUGGGAAGCGCCACCUGGAUCCCGAGUUUGCCGACAUGAUCAACGUACAGGACCACUGCAAGGUGGAUGACGUGGAUGAGGACAAUGUCUACAGCGUCUUUGUGUCCUACAUCGAGAUCUACAACAACUACAUCUACGACCUCCUGGAGGAGGCUCCCUUCGAGCCCAUCAAACCCAAGUGGAACAGUUGCAACACCCCUGUGCGAAAUGGAGACUUUAUACCUCCCCAGUCCAAAAUGCUCCGGGAGGACCAGAACCACAACAUGUACGUCACGGGCUGCACAGAGGUGGAGGUGAAGUCCACAGAGGAAGCUUUUGAAGUGUUUUGGAGAGGUCAGAAGAAGAGGCGCAUCGCCAACACGCAGCUGAACCGCGAGUCCAGCCGCUCCCACAGCGUCUUCAUCAUCAAACUGGCCCAGGCCCCACUGGAUGCCGAUGGAGACAACGUCCUGCAGGAGAAGGAACAGAUCACUCUGAGCCAGCUGUCCCUGGUGGAUCUGGCUGGAAGUGAGAGAACCAACAGGACAAAAGCCGAGGGGAACAGGCUGCGAGAAGCAGGGAACAUCAACCAGUCACUGAUGACCUUGAGGACCUGCAUCGAAGUUCUGCGGGAAAACCAAUUGUACGGGACAAACAAGAUGGUUCCCUACAGAGAUUCCAAACUGACUCAUCUCUUCAAGAACUAUUUUGAUGGAGAGGGGAAGGUCCGGAUGAUCGUGUGUGUCAACCCCAAAGCUGAGGACUACGAGGAGAGCCUGCAGGUGAUGCGCUUUGCAGAGAUGACCCAGGAGGUGGAGGUGGCCCGGCCCGUGGACAGACCCCUCUGUGGGCUCACACCCGGCCGGCGCUUCCGCAACCAGGCCUUCCGAGAGGAGCUGGCCAGGAAGCUGGAGCUCAGGGGGGGCCCGCUCGGUGGGGAAACAGAGGAGCCAUCUGUGGCAGAAAUGCUUCUGCAGAACUUCCCCCCGCUGCCCUCGUGUGAGCUCCUGGACAUCAACGACGACCAAACCCUCCCCAAGCUCAUCGAGGCCCUGGAGCAGCGCCACAAAAUGAGGCAGAUGUUGUCAGAGGAGUUUGCCAAAAAUGUGCUUGCCUUUAAAACAAUGCUGCAGGAGUUUGACUCCAGUGUCUUAUCCAAGGAACACUACAUCCAAGGAAAGCUGUCUGAGAAGGAGAAAACAAUAGCAGGGCAGAAAACGGAGCUGGAACGCCUGGAGAAGAAGAUUAAAACCUUGGAAUACAAGAUUGAGAUUUUGGAGAAAACUGCCACAAUUUAUGAGGAGGACAAGAGGAAUCUCCAGCAGGAACUGGAAAGCAAGAGCCAGAAACUGCAGCGUCAGGCGUCGGACAAGAGGAGGCUGGAGGCCAGGCUGCAGGGAAUGGUGGCAGAGACCACCAUGAAGUGGGAGAAGGAGUGUGAGCGUCGUGUGGCAGCGAAGCAGCUGGAAAUGCAGAACAAGCUGUGGGUGAAGGAUGAAAAGCUGAAGCAGCUGAAGGCCAUUGUCACUGAGCCCAAGGAGAAGCCAGAGAGGCCCUCGAGGGAGAGGGACCGAGAGAAGGCUGUGCAGAGAUCCCUGUCACCUCCCCCAGUGCCUAACGCGCCCCCCGUGCGGCUCCGGCACCGCCGCUCGCGCUCGGCCGGGGAGCGCUGGGUGGACCACAAGCCCCCCUCCAACGUGCCCACGGAGACGGUGCUGCAGCCCCACGUGCCCCACGCCAUCACCGUGGCCACGGCCAGCGAGAAGGCCCUGGCCAAGUGCGACAAGUACAUGCUGACACACCAGGAGCUGGCCUCCGACGGCGAGAUCGAAACCAAACUCAUCAAGGGGGAUGUUUUCAAAACCAGGGGCGGUGGCCAGGCUGUGCAGUUCACUGACAUCGAGACCCUGAAGCAGGAAUCUCCCACUGGGAGGAAGCGACGCUCGUCCCCUUCCCAUCCUGACCCCCUGGGAGAGGCUGCAGACUCGGAGUGGACUGAUGUGGAAACCAGGUGCUCCGUGGCAGUGGAGAUGAGGGCGGGAUCAGCACUGGGACCUGGAUAUCAGCACCACGCUCAGCCCAAGUCUAUAAAUGACAAGCAAACAUGAUCUCUUUGAUUGGGAUU